CACAAAGUUGUAUAGCAAAGCUAAUAAUAAUUAAUAUUUGCAAAUUUAGUCCCAAAAUCCAAUAUUAUAUUUUCCAUUUAGAAUAAUAACUUUAAAUCUUUACACAACUUGUUUAGGGGGGGGAAAUAUACACACUUUUUAUUCUCUUCCCCCUUUAUAUCAAUAAUAAAAAAAAAUGCCAUCAAUGAUUCAAAAAUCAAUUAAACGUGUUGCUAUUAUAGGUGGAGGACCAGGAGGUCUUGCGGCCGCUAGAGCCUUACGUGAUGAAGGAACAUUCAGUACAAUUACCAUCUUUGAAAGGAAUGACUAUGUUGGUGGUACUUGGUAAGAAUAAACAAAUAUUUCUAUUUGUGUAUGUGUACAUAUGUCAACUUAUGGCAUCUAUCUAAAAAAAAAAUAAGGCAUUAUUCAUCAGAAAUAAAUGAACCACCCCCUUUUCCUUCAACAAAUGCUUUAAAAGUAGAUACAACUUUGAGUACGAAAAAACAAAUUUAUUCUCCCAUUUAUGCUAAUCUUCAUACCAACUUGCCUCAUUCUGUCAUGUCCUUUCAAGAUGUUCCUUUCCCUCCGGGUACACCUUUCUUCCCUUCACAUAAUUUGGUAUUGGAUUAUUUAAACCAAUUAUCCAUAAAAGAAAACUUGGUAUCUUGGAUACGAUUCUCAACUCUUGUAAAGCGUGUUGAAUUUGAAAAUGAUCAUUGGAAAGUCUCAUCAGAAAGUUGUGGUGAUAAGAAGGACGGAGUUUGUACUACUGUUGAAGAGUUUGAUGCAGUUGUCGUGGCAACGGGCCAUUAUACUGUACCUUAUAUACCAAAUAUCCCAGGACUAACAGAAUUGUAUGAAAACAAACGAAUCCAGUUACUUCAUUCUAGAGAUUAUCGACGUCCAGAAGAUUUCAAAGAUAAGACAAUACUAGUUGUAGGAGGUGGGUCUUCUGCUAUUGAUAUCGUACGUGAGACAUCCCAGGUGGCAAAAAGGAUAUAUCAAUCUAUUCGAACCGAAACUGAGCUUGCUCGUCAAGCAGUUGAACAGUAUCCACCUCAUACUGUGCAUCAAGUAGGCUUGAUAGAACGUAUUGUUCAUACAAAAGUAUCUUCAUGGAUUGAACUAUCAACACAGGAGAGCUUAAAGGAUGUAGAUAUUAUUAUAUUUGGAACUGGUUAUUUAUAUAGUUUCCCAUUUUUACCCUUUCAAGAAGGUAACUUGAUCAAGACAGGGCAAACAGUGCAUCAUUUAGAUCAUUUUAUGUUUUAUCAAAAGAAUCCUACUCUAUGCUUUUUAGGAUUACCUAUUCGAAUUGUUCCUUUCCCCUUAAUGCAACGUCAAAGCAUUGUGAUGGCGAGAUAUUGGAGUGGAAAAAUUCCUAUGCUCCCUGCCAAUGAUAAUAGGACUCAUGACGAUGACGAUAGCCGUAUCGACUUCAUUAUGGGCGUAGCUCGAGAAUUUGAAUAUAAUGAAAGGCUAGGUGCAUGGGCAGAAGGGAUCAUGGAUCCUAAACAAUUUGAACAAUGGCACUCGAAUCAUCCACUUACAGGUCGUUUAUCUGAGCAAUGGAAAGAACUUCGAAAAAAUGCAUUAAAACUUCGCAAAGAUUAUUUAGGAUAUUAAAAAAGAAACCAGAGUUGUAUUUUUAUUUCAUUUAUUUAUUUAUUUAUUUA